AUGUCGACCGAGCGCCGCAUUAAGUCGCUGAAACUGCGACUGAAAAGUUUGGUGACGUCGCUUAAUCUAAUUAAGGCGUUCGUUGAUGACUACGAUGAGGAAAAGCAGGCCGAUGAAGUGCCUGUCCGUCUCGAAAGUCUGAUAAGACUGUGGACGGACUACAAUACCGUCCAGAGCGAGCUGGAGACGCUCGAUGAAGCUGCCAUCGAGGUCCACCUGAAGGAGCGGACGUCGCUUGAGUCCGCCUACUACUAUGUUAAGGGCUUCCUGUUGGCUCAUAAUAAAACUCCAAUCACUCCAACUCACCCGAUUCCAAAUCAUUUAGAAGCUCAAUUCCCUCCGUCGACAUCGCAGGUGCGUUUGCCGGACGUUAAACUCCCCGUCUUCGAUGGAAAACUGGAGAAUUGGCUAAAUUUCCACGAUUUGUUUGUGUCACUGGUCCACUCGUCGGUUGGUCUCUCGAACAUCCAAAAGUUCUAUUAUCUGCGGUCCUCGUUGUCGAAUGCAGCAUUGCAGCUCAUCCAAACGAUCCCAAUCAGCGCGAACAACUACCCGGUGGCUUGGAACCUUCUGCUGGAACACUUCCAGAACCCUGCUCGGCUGAAGCAAACGUAUGUGGACGCACUCUUCGACUUCGCUUCAAUGAAAAGGGAAUCGGCAACGGAACUCCAUAGUCUAGUGGAGAAAUUCGAAGCAAACGUCAAGGUUCUGCAGCAAUUGGGUGAACGUACGGAAUACUGGGACAUCCUACUCAUUCGUAUGCUCAGCAUUCGACUCGAUCCGACGACAAGGCGAGAUUGGGAGGAGUACUCUUCAACCAAACAAGCGAUCACCUUUAACGAGCUGACGUCAUUCAUCCAGCGACGAAUCACGGUGCUACAAGCCAUCAAAGCGAAGACCAUCGAAACACAACCGUCAAUCACACACAAGAAGCCAAUUCAGCGUUCCGUCUCGAGUCACGGAGCCAGCCAGUUCAACGUUCGGAAUUGUGUCAUCUGUUCUGACCAUCACCCUCUGUACCUUUGCGGGAGUUUUUCGAAGCUUUCGGUGGAAGAAAAGGAGAAGGAAGUCCGUCGUCAUCAACUUUGCCGGAAUUGCCUGCGAAAAGGUCAUCUCUCGAGGGAUUGUUCGUCGUCCACUAAUUGCCGCAAGUGUCGUGGACGUCAUCAUACCUUGCUCUGCUUGAACCAUUCUUCUUCGUCGUUGAAUUCGAAGCCUAUCAGCUCCCAGCAACCGAAAUCUGUUACACCUGCUCCAGCUAUCGAUCCUCCGACCACGUCUGCAUCUGCUACGGUCGUCGAGUCGAUCAGUUGUGCUUCCGCUGGCUACAAGCGGAAGACAAUCCUCCUUGCAACUGCGGUCAUCAUCUUGAUUGACGAUGAAGGAGUCCAACACGUCGCUCGCGCUCUCCUGGACUCAGGCAGCGAAUGUUGUUUUAUCACAGAACGCUUUUCGCAACGCAUCAAGGCUCAAAGGAAGAAGAUUUACCUGCCAAUCACGGGAAUCGGUCAAGCAUCCACUCAAGCUAAGCUGAAGUUUACGUCCACUAUCCGUUCUCGAGUUGGUGAGUACUCCACCAACGUCGAAUUCCUCGUUUUGCCGAAGGUGACCGUCGAUCUACCAGCUACAUCCGUCGAUACUUCGACAUGGGACAUGCCAUCUAGCAUUCAGCUUGCAGAUCCGUCGUUUGACAGCACCAAUCCGAUCGACAUCAUCAUUGGAGCCGAAAUCUUUUUUGAUCUGUUCAAGGUUCCCGGACGAAUUCCUGUCGGCGACAAUCUUCCAGUGCUCGUCAACUCCGUCUUUGGUUGGGUAGUAGCUGGAAAGUCUACGAUCAGUCCGUCUACCGCUCUCGUCGUUGCUAACGUCGCUACAGUUUCAGAUAUCCAUCAGCUAAUGGAAAAGUUCUGGACAAUCGAGGAAGACAGCACUUCGACAGCGUACUCCGUCGAAGAAACCGCUUGCGAAGAACACUUUCGACGCACGAUUAGGCGCAAUUCUGAAGGAAGGUACAUAGUUCGCUUGCCAGUGAAGGAUGACGUCAUCAAGCAACUCGGCGACAACCGUCGCACUGCUGUUCGUCGUUUUCGAAUGCUAGAAGGUCGUCUUGUUCGUAACGCAGACCUUGCCAAGCAAUAUCGUGAUUUCAUGGAUGAGUAUCUGACUUUGGGCCACAUGAAGCAAGUGUUCGACUACCAAGCGCCUCCAUCUCCAUGUUAUCACAUGCCUCACCACGCUGUGGUUCGAGAAGAGAGCACUACCACGAAGCUGCGAGUGGUAUUCGAUGCGUCAUGCAAGACUCCGGAGGGACCAUCGCUCAACGACGCACUAAUGGUAGGCCCAACCGUUCAGCAAGACAUCCGUUCAAUUAUCAUGCGCUCCAGAAUCCGUCGAGUCAUGAUCAUCGCUGACGCAAAGCAAAUGUAUCGGCAAGUUCUUGUAGACGAGCGUGACACUCCGCUUCUACGAAUCGUUUGGACGCCAUCGCCGGACCUACCAUUAGGUACCUACGAGCUCCUAACAGUCACAUACGGCACUGCAAGCGCACCUUUUCUCGCUACUCGAGUUCUCCUGCAACUGGCAGAUGACGAGCAAGAGAGUUUUCCUGAAGCAGUUGAGAUUCUACGUAAGGACUUCUACGUAGACGACCUUUUCACGGGAGCAAAAAGCGUCGAAGAAGCAAUCGAACUUCGUCAGCAACUGGAAGCACUCCUUGCUAAAGGCGGAUUCCAACUUCGUAAGUGGGCAUCCAACGAAGAAACUGUUCUGGAUGGCCUCGCACCAGAAAAUCGAGCGCUCAAAGCCUCCAUUUACCUGGAUCGUGACCAAUGUAUCAAGUCCUUGGGUCUUCAUUGGGAACCCGCAUCGGAUCAGCUGAAAUACCGCAUCGAGCUUCCGGCAGAUUCAUCUGAUUCUCCUCUCACCAAGCGAAUCGCGUUGUCGCAAAUUGCUCGUCUCUUCGACCCACUUGGUCUACUGGGUCCUGUUGUAAUCUCUGCCAAACUCUUCAUGCAAGCACUCUGGACGUUGAAGGACGAUGACGGCAAGAGGAAGAAGAAUCAAGGACAGUCCGAUGGUACGAGCGGACGCGACGAUGUUACCGCGACGAAUGCCAGCGACAUUGGUGAUUUCGGCGACGCCGUCGAAACUGAGAAUUCUGCCGGCCCGAGUGCGGCGAAAGUCAAGCUUCCUCCACUGGUGGUGAAGGUAGUGCCUCUCAAGACGCUCAUUGGCGAUUUCACAUCGCUGGGCAUUGCAGCUGAGUUUAAGCUCGGCAGGAUCGGCACCAAGGUGAUGCUCCGUACGAAAGUGGAGUACGAGGUAGCCGUGAAAUAUCUGAAGGAUUCCAAGGCGGAAUUCUUCACGCACGACAUCCCCGGUGAGAAGCCCUUCAAGAAGGGAUCGGUGACGCUGAAUGCGCUGCAGGCUAUUCGCUCAAUGUACUCCAUCAUCGUACGAUGGGAGCCGUACCGUGGAGGCCAUCGCGAUGUGACCCAGUGUCAACGAUCAAAAGCAAACGAAUUCGCGGGUGCGUUCCGCUCAAGCAACAUGCCCCCUGGAUUCGUGAGACAACCAACGGCGAAAAACAACAACCCCGAUCUGUUCUCAGCGGAUGAACUAAUGGAAAUUUUCGUCAACAUGUCCGGUGCUCUUCUGGCGGCGAUUAUGGCGGUAACGCUGGCCGUGGUUACACCGGAGACUACGGUGUUGGUGAUGGUGACGGUGGUUGCUUAA